AUGCUAACUGAUAUUCUCAAUAUCGAGAGCAGACCGACCUUCGACGAUCGUGUCAUCAGAAUCGAAACCCAUACAUAUAAUCCAUACGUUAAUACCACAUUCGAUUACAACGAUGAGAUACGUAUACCUAUUCAGCAACAAGAUCUGUAUACGCUGCCGUACGACAGCUUUCUUUACAUCGAGGGAAACGAUGAGUCAAAGAAUGAUAAUUUGGCACCGCCCGCCUUAUCGAAGACAGCCGCCAGAUUCUCGAACAAUUGCGCGGCGUUUAUGUUCGACGAGAUACGAUACGAGAUUGACGGCGUGGAAAUCGAUAAAUGCAGAAACGUGGAAAUUACGAGCAUCUUGAAGAAUUACGCUCUUCUGGACAGAGGAAAAAGCAAAAAAAUGGAAAACGCCGGCUGGUUAUUGGAGAACGGCAAAUCGUCGCCGCUGCACGAAUUCAACUUUUGCGUGCCGCUGGAUAUGCUGUUGGGCUUUUGCGAGGAUUACAAACGCAUAGUGAUAAAUGCGCGGCACGAAUUGAUACUGAAACACGCGCGUAGCGAUGCGAAUUGUUUCGUGACUGAUCAAGAACAACAGCAUCAACCCAAGAUCACGCUAUUCAAGGUGCAAUGGCGAAUGCCGCAUAUCGUACUGAAGGACGUGAACAAAUUGUCGCUGUUGCGUACUCUGGAUAGCGAUAGAUAUCUGAGCAUGGCUUUUCGCUCGUGGGAUCUGUACGAGUAUCCGCUGCUGCAGAGCACUACGAAACAUUCGUGGGCCGUGAAAGCCGCGACGCAAUUGGAAAAACCGCGAUACGUUGUGUUCGCCCUGCAAAACAAUCGAAAAAAUAUGUUGAACAAAGACGCUUCCGUGUUUGACCACUGUGAUCUCACGAACGUUAAAUUGUUUCUGAAUUUCGAAUUUUAUCCCUACAACGACAUGAAUUUGAAUUUCGAAGUGCGCAAAAUCGCAAUAUUGUACGAUAUGUACUCGAGAUUUCGCAAGACGUAUUACAGUCUCGAAACGGACGACGUGUAUAUGACCUUAGAGAAUUUUCUACAACACGGUCCGUUUGUUGUGAUCGAUUGUUCGCAUCAGAAUGAAUCGAUCAAGAGCGCAACCGUCGACAUUCGCAUAGAAUUCGAAUGCAAAGAGAACGUACCGAACAAUACAACUGCAUACUGUCUCAUCAUUCACGAUCGAUUGAUCAAGUAUAAUCCGCUCACCAAUAUGGUGCGUAAGAUAAUAUAA